AAAACACACACAAAAGAGAGAAAGCAAAUUAAAGAAAAAUAUAAUGUUAACGUCGAGAGCAUGGAUCAUCGCUUCAGGUUUGGUCGGAGCUAUAUCACUGAUGCUCCGAUCAGUGUUGAACUUCUCUGUCACCGGGUUUCAUUUCUCUCUCCCUACUUUGAACCCACUCUUCAUCAUCAUCAACGGAAUCAUCUUCGCGCUCGCAGCCUCCUCUUCUCUCUUCGGCCAUGGAUCUGACUCUUCGGCCACGGAGCAUAACCACGAUCAUGAUACGUAUCAUCACUAUGAACAUGAUGACGAUAACCAUAACCAUAGCCAGAACCAUGACCGUUCUUGGAAUAACUCAUCAUCCGGUUAUUCGUUUGAUCACAAUUACAAAGUUCACGAGGAAGAAAAGUUAACGGUGAGGCCAGAGAGUGGAGGAUCUUUGGGUAAUCGUAGACCGGUUUCUUCUCCCAAGAUUCGUUUCCCGUCAACGACGCCGGAGAAACCUGCAGGACUCCAACGUCCACCUACGGUCCCUUUAAAGGCUUUUCCACAAGAUGACAAAUCCGGUGAUGAGAACGAGACCAUGGAUGAGACGUGGGAAAGAGUCAAAGCCGAAAAAAACCCAACGAAACCUAGCACGGUUCAAGGUCACGUCACUUCAAGAAACGACUCAAGAAUGUCCACAUCGUCGUGUCCAUCACCAUCUCGAGCAAGGAGGCCUACUCCGUCGUCGUCGUCGGGGUCGGGAAAGAAGUUGGUGGAUAGAAUUCCGUCGUGGGUGAAUUUGAAAAAGGAGUUGUCGAUGGGAAGAGAUGAGCUCAACUCACGAGUCGAAGCUUUCAUAAGAAAAUUCAACGAUGAGAUGAAAUUGCAAAGGUUGGAAUCUUUAAGACGUUACAAACUUUUCCGUCGUCGGAGCGAGGAAGAGUAAAGAUAAUGGAAGGAGCUACCGAAAACGAAAGUGCAUUUUAUAUUAUUUUCCUUUUUGGUAAGCUUUGUUUCAUCCACACUCCAGAGCUUUUAGUUUGUAUUAUCUACUCAAAUAAAAAAUAUUCAACAUUCAAUGUCGCUUGUAACCAUUGUCUAGAAGGUUAGAUGUGCAUGUGUGUGUGUUAGCUUUAGAUUUGCGUUUGGUAGUGUAAGAAAAUGUGUUUCUUUAUUAAUUAAUUAAUUAUGUAGAAACAAUUGGUAUAAAACAU